CUUUCCCCCACUCCCCGCCUAACGAGGGGGCCCCCCGGACCCUCCCUUCUCGAUUGGCCUCGAGGAGCUGUCACUCCUCCCUUCCCCUCUUCGCUCCGUCCUCGCCCCCCGCCGUUGGGGCGGUUCGGCUGCGCGGUGGUGUGGCCGAGGUGGGUGUCUGAGCCGGCGGCGGCGGCGGCGGGGUUGGCUGCGCGGCGAGCGGUCGAGGUGAGUCGACUGCUGCAGUUUGGCUUAAUUCUACGUCUUGGUGAAUUUUCAGAAGCGGAGCUUCCGUUCAACCCUGGGGAUCUUCCCACAUUGGUGCUGAGAUCAGCUGGGACCUGUGACCAGGGGGAUUCCUGGGCCUAGAGAGAAAAGCUUUCUCAGCAGCAUAGGCCCGGAGCCGAUGGCCAGCAAUGUCUACAACUAACAACAUAGCGCAGGCCCGGAAGCUGGUGGAGCAGCUCCGCGUUGAGGCCGGGAUCGAACGGAUCAAGGUCUCCAAAGCUUCCUCCGAGCUCAUGAAUUACUGUGAGCAGCACGCCAGGAGUGAUCCCUUGCUGGUUGGAGUUCCUGCCUCGGAGAACCCCUUUAAGGACAAAAAGCCGUGUAUCAUCCUAUAGCUCUGCUCGCCUGUGCUCGCCCGGGGCCCUCUCACUCUCCCUCUGUCCCUCCGUCCCUCUGGGUUGCAGGGAUACCAUUCGGUAGUAAUUCCAAACCACUUUUCAAAUUCCCCAAAAGUUUCAUGGUGGGGGGGAGGGAGGGGGGAGAGUAAGCCUACCCUUGUAGAGGAUUUGACCCCAGAUGUUAAAUUAAAGUGGAAUAUAUCCGA